AUGCAGCUUUCGGUUCCAUUAGCGCCUCCCAAGUUCUCACCAAUCUUCCCUUCCCCCAAUCCACACGGCCCUCCACAGAUUCACCACUUCUCCUCCCAGACACACAACCACCGCGCCAGUUCCGUGACCCCCCUCAGAGUCUCCGGCUACUUCUCCUCCAUCAGCCGAGCCAUCGAGGAGGAAGAAGAGUACCGAAAGGCACGCGCCGCCGUGAACCGCAAAGGCGUCGAGUUAGACGGUUACGCAAUCGAGGGCGUCUCCGUCGGCGGCCACGAGACUUGCGUCAUCGUCCCUGAGCUCAAAUGCGUCUUCGAUAUCGGAAGGUGUCCUUCACGCGCUAUCCAGCAGAAGUUCCUUUUCAUCACUCACGCCCAUCUUGAUCACAUCGGCGGGUUACCUAUGUAUGUAGCUAGCCGUGGUUUAUAUAAUCUUGAGCCACCUAAGAUAUUUGUGCCACCGUCUAUUAAAGAUGAUGUUGAGAAACUACUUGAGAUUCACAGGACUAUGGGUCAAGUUGAGCUGAAUGUGGAACUCAUUCCACUCAACGUUGCAGGUGAAACAUAUGAGUUGCGCAAUGACAUUGUUGUUAGACCAUUUGCAACUCACCACGUCAUACCGAGUCAGGGCUAUGUUAUCUACUCGGUCAGGAACAAGUUGAAGAAGCAGUAUGGUCACCUUAAAGGCAAACAGAUUGAAAAGAUUAAAAAAUCUGGCGUCGAGAUUACAGAUAUGAUAUUAUCCCCUGAGAUAGCUUUCACUGGAGAUACAACUGCGGAAUAUAUGCUUGACCCUCGUAACGCUGAUGCUUUGAGGGCUAAAGUUCUUAUAACCGAGGCUACGUUCUUGGAUGAAAGUUUUAGCACUGAGCAUGCGCAGUCACUUGGUCACACUCAUAUAUCUCAGAUAAUUGAGAAUGCAAAGUGGAUCCGGAGCAAAACUGUGUUAUUAACGCAUUUCUCAUCUCGUUACAAUAUAGAGGAAAUUCGCGAAGCUGUGCUCAAGUUGCAGUCAAAAGUAUCCGCAAAAGUUAUUCCUCUUACAGAAGGAUUCAGGUCAAAAUAUUCUUGA